CCUCUAAAUCAAUUGAAUUAUAAUUUCCCCUACCCAAAAUGGAGCCAUCAAGCCUUAUAAAGAGCUCAGGCACACCUGGGAAUACUGUCAUGGAGCAAGAGCAGUCCUUGGAUGAACAAGUGAAGGACUUAAGCAAACAAAUUGUAGAAGCUUUAGAAGAUAAGGGGAUUUGGAAAAUGAAGCCUGAAAGGUUUCAUCAAGUUGUGUAUUUUAGAGUGAAGAAUCUAUUUAAGUUAAAAUAUGUGUCGUUUUAUUAUUGAAAAAGACAGGCGAUAGAAGAUUUAGCAUCAUUGCGUCAGAAUGGAUAUGUGGUGGAUGGAUAUGAUUACUUGCAGCUAGGUUCGUCUUAUUUCCCGGAUCUUUUGUUUUCAAAGACAAAUUUUAUUUCAGGAUGCCAUCCUAAAUUAAGCACAAUAAUUGGGAAUUAUAAUCAGACUCUUAGCAUGAAGAAUAGGUUAUAUCAAAGACUUGUUUAUAAAAUGUGAAGUCUGACAGCCAAGAGGAUCUGUAUCAUAAAUUUCAAAAUUGGCUUGAAACAUGUGGCAAAAAUAAUCAAUUGUGGUAGAAGGUGCAAGGAUAUUUAUUUUCAUCACCUUCGUAUUAAUUUCCAAGAAUUUCCGAAGAACUUCUUGGAUUAUAAUAGCCCGGUUCAAAUUUUAUCAAAAGGCAUCCAACUUCAAACUAUCCAGUUUCAAAAUUGUGAAACCAACCCUAAAGAUGAUAUAGAAGCUUAUAAGAAAAUGAUUUGCACCAUUAUGAGAGCUAUAAUUGACUCUCAACUUGUGAGAACAUUAAAAACUGUUGAUUUCUGUAGUUUACCAGAAGAUAACUCAUGGUGUGAGGUCUCAAGGAUGCUCGAAUAUGAUAAUGUGAUUGUUUCAAAGAGAUUGGGUAGUACAAAAGUUAAGUUUAAAUUCAAUUAA